CAAUUCUCUGGAGUAGACUAGGCUCCGUCUCCAUUAUUGAUGAGUGAAAAAUGACGGUAAAAAAAAUAAAUAAAGUGGGAAGAAUGGCAAUUACUUUACCAGUAUGAGCGAAAGUAUGUAGAGACAUGAAGAGUGCAAAGGUGAGGGAGAUAAAAACGUCCUUGCAAGAGAAGGCGCACGAGUGCAGGGAAAAUGGGUACCUCCUCUCAUCCAAGAGAAUCGGAACAGGCGCGUUCUCCAAAGUUUACAUGGGAUAUGCAACUCCAGGCAAAAUCUGCCAAAACCAGAAAUUGGCCAACGAUCUGAUGAACAAAAAACACAACAUGGUUGCUAUCAAGGUCAUCUCUCUCCACCAUGCUCCACCUGAGUACUCAAAGAAGUUUCUGCACAGGGAGAUCCAUGCCCUGAAUGCCACAUACAAGCACCCAAGUGUGAUCCAGCUCUAUGACAUGUUCCACACUCUGAAGCGUGUGUACCUGGUGCUGGAGCUGGCUCUGCGCGGGGACCUGUUGGAGCACAUCAACGCCGUGUCGCAGAACAAGGGCACGCUGGGGCUGAGCGAGGACGAGGCCCGCCGCAUCUUCAGGCAGAUGGUCAGCGCCGUCAAGCACUGCCAUGCCAACCACAUAGUGCACAGGGAUUUGAAAUGUGAAAAUAUCCUUUUGGAUGAGGGAGGCUAUGUGAAACUGACAGACUUUGGCUUUGCGAACAGCUACAGGGACAAGAAUGCCUUGAUGAGCACCUUCUGUGGCUCCGUGGCCUACACCGCUCCCGAGAUCCUCCUCUCCCACAAGUACAACGGAGAGAUGGCCGACCUCUGGAGCCUAGGUGUGAUUCUGUAUGCCAUGGUGACAGGGAAGCUGCCGUACGGAGAGAAGCACCCCAGGAAACUGGUCCAGCUGCUGAGGAAGGAGUUGCCCUUCCACACCCCAGUCACCUCAGCGUGUCAGGACCUGAUUCUGGCCCUGAUGCAGUGGGAGCCCUCCUCCCGCCUGCCCCUGGACCAGAUCUGCCGCCACCCCUGGAUGUCCCCCUCCACAGCUGACACCCUGACCCGCCUGCGGGCCACCCGCAGUGACAUCACCGGCGCCCGGAGGACACCGCCACCAAACAACUUCAGGUUGUGGAAUGGCUCUACCGCUGCCAAGACAAGCCGGCCCUGUCAGUCAGGCCGCGCCAUGCCGAUACCCCCCAACUCCGCCGUCACCAUCUCCGCCAACAGCACCACGCCUUUCACGCGGAGCACACCCAUGCUGGCGGACAGGGGGGCGCCUUCUCCUCAGCGGAUCCUGGGGGGCCGCCGUGCAGGGGCCUGCAGCGCGGGUGCCCGUAACCGCUGCAUCUCGACCAAGGGAGGAGGAGCUGGAGAGAGCGGAAGGGGAGAGGAGGUGCCGCCGGCCCCUACGCCCACGCCCACGAUGGGCACCCUCCUGGAGUCGCCCUAUCGUCUGCUGAUGAGGCCCACCAUCGACCGGGCCGGUGGCAGCAGUAACCCACGCAAGCUGUUUGUCAGCCGGCCCCGGCCUCCCAUGUCCCCCAAGCCCUUCCACAACCUCCCCAACUUCCGCAAGUCGAGUGCCGUGGUGUCGUCCCACCACCAGGAGCUCCGCGAGCGCUGCAUGACGCCGCCCAACAGGCUCCCCCCCAAGCUACCUGCACAGGAGAGCAAGCGGCCGGGGAGGACAUCUAUGAAAAUCCCCAUUACCAGAUUCUAGAGCACUUUAAAGAAGAUUCUAAAGCCUAAAUAAAUACGUGUAUACUGUAGCUGCCUGCAAGCAGCAUUAAAAGCAAACUCAUCAUGGCCAACAGAAUGAACUUGGGUCAGAGGGAUGGACAUAAGCACCCUGAAAAAGUUUCAUGUCAAUAAAGCAAUAUUUGGCUAAGA